CGACCGUUGACAAUGAAAAAUUAUUAUCUGCGCUUACGAUUCUCCGACCUGUUGUACCUACUAAUUUUUAAGUGCCUCUCAACUGAUUAAUAAUAUAUUGUCGAGCGAAGGCUGAAGCGUCCGUCCGUAAUCCGAAAUACGUUUUUCUGCUUCCCGUGGCGCUCGUACAGCUCCUGUCUUCGGUCGUUCUUCGCUACAUUCGACGCUUUGACGGUACAGCUUUCCGUCCGUUCUUUCGUACGAUUCUUUUUCGUCGUCGCCAUUUGACGGACAUGGGUCGCUGUUCGAGACGUGUCAAUGCAUACAACUCUACUUUGGUAAAAAAAUCGUGCAAUGCAACGAGAUGUCUAUGCACCUUUAAACAAAAGCGCAACUAUCAAAGAGAAAAUGGAUUAUGGAAAAUAGUAAUGUGCUACAGAUGUGGUUUAUAUGGAACACAUAGAGUAUGCAGUUUUCUUGAAUCUUACAGACGUUGGUGCUGUAAAACAUGCAAUGGCGGUGCAGGUGUGGAAGAAGAAAGAUUGUUGUCUCAAAACAGACGCUUGGCCGUACAUCACAUGAGUGCACUUACAGCAACUAUACCUGACGCUUCUAAAGGGAUCUUAGAAAGGCGUACUUGCACUAUUCAAAACUGUCUAUGUCCUUAUAAAAGAACCCGAAAACAUCAAGAGGAGAUUGGAUCAUGGGAAAUACUAAUUUGUGGCAUAUGUGGUAUUUACGGUACACAUAGAAUAUGCAGUUUCGUUAAAUGCUUUCAAACCUGGUACUGUACAGCAUGUAAAGCUAUACGCAGCCGUAAUCAUCAAACUAUCUAAUUUUAUAUUCACAUGAUAGCAAGGAUAACAGUGUAGAGGUAUUGAUUUCACUUCAAACAACUACAAUGGUCAGAAUAACACAUGAAACAUAUACAUUAAGUAAUAACACAUUAUGCUAUCAAGUGAAGAUUAUGCUAUACAUUAUGCUUACUAUGGGGAAAAUUAUACAAAAUGAGACUGAUUUCAA